UCUGUCUGAAUUGACGCACCAUAUCGGAAUUUUUUCACCGCCCAUAUUCACUCACAUUUAAUAAUAAGAUCAUGUUUCCGCGUCAAGUCAAUCUGCCAAUUUAAAAAGGCUUCUUAUUAGAGUGAAAUUUAAAGUAAUCGUGGUACUGACAUUUGGACCUAUAACUGUAGACUUGAGUCUCGAGUCUUAUGAAGAUCAACCUUGAAUUUAUAAUUUGUUGAAAUAGUUUGACCUUUCCCCAAAAAAGUAUCGAACGAGUUGAGGACUUCUUGAGGAUUAAACCGACCUGCGCUACUGUAUUCCUGGUCAUGAUUAUUAUUGGGUUGGUUUGGACCUAGGCAUGGACCGUUUGCAGAUGUCCGUUCUGUGUAUUGUAAUUCUAACAUGUCUACAGCCCACGUCGUCUCAAACGCAGGAAGUAAAAGCCCCCUCCUGGUCUCGGUGACUGUAGAGGAAUCGCCAGUUUGCUCUGUGAGUCACAGUGGAUAUAGCAGAGCAGCAGUGGUGUGUACUGGUACCCAGAAUGGGCUGAGCUCCACAGGAUCCCAGGAGAACCAGUACAACCUCAUCAAGAACCGCUACACAGGCUGUGAGAUCAUCAUGGGUAACCUGGAGAUCACCCAGAUAGAGACUGACUGGGACUUCAGCUUCCUAGGGACCAUCAGAGAGGUAACGGGGUACAUCCUAAUCGCCAUGAACCACUUCAGACGUUUGCCUCUGGAACAGCUGCGUGUGAUCAGGGGCAACACCCUGUACGACAGAGGGUUCGCCCUCUCUGUUUUCUACAACUACCCCAAGGAGGGCUCCAAUGGCCUGCAGCACCUGGGACUCACAUACCUCACUGAAAUUCUGGAGGGGGGUGUCCAGAUCGUCAACAACAGGUUCCUGAGCUAUGGUCCCUGGGUGAACUGGGAUGACAUUGUGAGGGACAGGGAUAGAGCCAAGGCUCCCAUUGACAUCCAGUAUAAUGGUCAGAGAGGGCCUUGUCACCCUUCCUGUGGGGAGAACUGCUGGGGGUCUGGUGAAGAACACUGCCAGAUCUUGACUAAGACGGUGUGCGCCCCUCAGUGUAACAGCCGCUGUUUUGGGACAAGCCCCAGGGACUGCUGUCACAUAGAGUGUGCAGGGGGCUGCACUGCGUCUCAGGACAUGGACUGCUUUGCGUGCCGCCACUUCAACGACUCAGGCUCCUGUGUGCCCCAGUGUCCCCAGACUCUGUUCUACAACAAGCAGACGUUUCAGAUGGAGACGAACCCCAACGCCAAGUAUCAGUACGGAUCCAUCUGUGUCUCCCAUUGCCCCCCCCACUUCGUGGUGGACGGCAGCUCCUGUGUGAGUGGUUGUCCUCCAGACAAGAAGGAGGUGGAGAGGAGUGGUCAGAGGCAGUGUGAGCUCUGUGGAGGGCUGUGCCCUAAAGCCUGUGAGGGCACAGGGCCUGAGCACAGACAGACGGUGGACUCCAGUAACAUUGACAGCUUCAUCAACUGCACCAAGAUACAGGGUAGUCUGCACUUCCUGGUCACAGGGAUCCUUGGUGAUGACUAUAAGAAUAUCCCACCUCUGGACCCUAAGAAGCUGGAAGUCUUCCGCUCUGUGCAGGAGAUAACAGAUAUCCUAGCCAUCCAGUCGUGGCCUAAAGAGCUAUCAGAUCUGUCAGUGUUCUCCAGUCUCACCACCAUACAGGGAAGAUCUCUUCACAAGCGUUUCUCUCUGAUGGUCAUGCGUGUUGCGUCCAUCACCUCUCUAGGUCUGCGUUCCCUGAGAGAGAUCAGUGACGGCAACGUGUACCUCAGCCACAACGCCAAACUGUGUUACCACCACACCGUCAACUGGACACGCCUGUUCACCGGGCACGCCACACGCCUCAACGACAUCAAGGACAACAGGCCUCUGAGAGAGUGUGUUGAGGAGGAUCACGUGUGUGACCCACUGUGUUCAGACUCAGGCUGCUGGGGCCCGGGGCCUGACCAGUGUCUCUCCUGCAGGAACCACAGCCGAGACUCUACCUGUGUGGCACACUGCAACUUCUACACAGGUCAGCCCAGGGAGAUUGCGGCCAAAGGGGAGUGUGUCGCAUGUCAUCCAGAAUGCCAACCGCAGUAUGGGAGGGAUAGCUGCACUGGACCGGGAUCUGAUGAGUGUGUGAUGUGUUCCAGUCUGAGAGACGGUCCUCACUGUGUGUUCUCCUGCCCCAGUGGGGUGAACGGAGAGAACGGGCAGUUCAUCUACAAAUACCCCAACAAGGACAGCUACUGUGAGCCCUGCCAUGUCAACUGCACACAGGGGUGUUCUGGUCCAGGGUUGAGUGACUGUACAGACAACACUAGACAGUCCACUGACACUCAGAUCACAGGAAUAGCUUUGGGAGUGCCGGCUGCCCUCAUAGUCUGCCUGGCAUUGUUUGUGUUGGGCAUGCUGUACCACCGUGGCCGGGCCAUCCGCAGGAAGAGAGCCAUGAGGAGGUACUUGAAGAGUGAGGAGAGUUUUGAGCCGCUGGGGCCAGGAGAGAAAGGAGCUAACGUUCAUGCCCGGAUCCUGAGGGCCCCAGAGCUGAAGAAGGUCAAAGCCCUUGGCUCUGGAGUGUUUGGUACUGUACACAAAGGCCUGUGGAUCCCUGAGGGAGACUCCGUGAAGAUUCCUGUAGCCAUUAAGACCAUCCAGGACCACACAGGCAGACAGACCUUCACUGAGAUCACUGAUCACAUGUUGUCCAUGGGCAGUCUAGACCACCCGUAUAUCGUCAGGCUCUUAGGUGUCUGUCCAGGUGCCAGUCUCCAGCUGGUCACCCAGCUCAGCAGCCAGGGGUCCUUACUGAAGCACAUCAGGCACCACAGGGACAACCUGGAUCCACAGAGGCUUCUCAACUGGUGUGUACAGAUAGCUAAGGGCAUGUAUUAUCUGGAGGAACAUUGUAUGGUGCACAGGAACCUGGCUGCGAGGAACGUGAUGCUAAAGAAUGAUUACUUCGUCCAGAUUUCUGACUACGGUGUGGCUGACCUGCUCUAUCCUGAUGACAAGAAAUAUGUCUACAGUAACAAGACUCCCAUAAACAUCAAAUGGAUGGCCCUGGAAAGCAUCCUGUUCCGAACAUACACUCAUCAGAGUGACGUCUGGAGUUACGGAGUGACAGUGUGGGAGAUGAUGUCAUUCGGAGCAGAGCCCUACGCAUCCAUGCAGGCCCAAGACGUCCCCAGUGUACUGGAGAAGGGAGAGCGCCUGUCCCAGCCCCACAUCUGUACUAUAGACGUGUACAUGGUCAUGGUUAAGUGCUGGAUGAUUGAUGAGAAUAUUCGCCCGACCUUCAAAGAACUGGCCAAUGACUUUAUUCGCAUGGCAAGAGACCCACCUCGUUACCUUGUCAUCAAGGACAGAGGAGAGGCGCGGCCAGAAGAAUCCCACCAACAAGACUCAGAGCUGGACAAUUUGGAGGCGGGCCUGGAGGACCAGGAUGAGGAGGGAUUGGAGGACGGUUUGGCCACCCCUCCCCUUACCCUGUCCCCAUCCAGGAUGUCUCGCCUGAGGAUGAGCUCAUAUAGGAGUGCCAGUGCCAGUGCCACCGUUCAGGCCGGACCAGUAGAGUACCUUCCCAUGACCCCCAGCUCUGGAGAGUUGUUCUCCCAGCAGUCUUGUCUGAACUCAGCGAGGACACUGUCACAGGGGUUAGAGGGAAGAGGGAGUGGCCUGGAUGUUGAGCUGACCGAGAGAGUGUCACUGAGCGGCAGCUUGCGCAGGCAGCAUCCCAGAGCUGGCAGGGACAGUAGCAGUAGUACCCACCACACCUCCAUCACCAUGGUGCAUAGGAGCAAAUCUUCAGUCUCAGAGUCACACUCCAACAGGCCUGAUCAAGAGGAUGAGGAUGAGGAGGAGGAAGAUCACUAUGGAUACGUGCUGCCUGGAGUGUCUAACAAUCCAGAGAGAGAUUGUCUGCUGUCUCACCCAGCCUCCAGAAACUAUAGCCCAAGUGGAACAUCUCUCAGGGGCUCUAGGAGCUCCAAAAAUGUGCUGUCACCGUUAGCAACUGCCCCAGACCCCACCGCGGACUAUGAACAGAUGACCAAACAGCCAGCCCAUUUGCCCCGCUCCCCCAGAGCCAGCUCUGUACAGAUAGAAGGGCCUUCAUCAGUGGUAUGGAGGAAACAGUCCUCAACUCUGCCCUCCCCAACCUACAAUAUAGCACCCUCACCACUAGAGGGUGACAACAUAGUGCAUGAGACCUCACAGGAGUCAUCGUCAGGCACUGCAGCCACUCCUAGGGGAAGCCAGGGUUCAACAGAGAACUCUGAUAGUGCUGUGGCUAGAGUAGCAGAGGGAGACAUGCUGCAGCCGCUGGUUGACAGGCCUUACAGUGGAUCUGUUGUGUCUGACAGUGGAGGGGUGACUCAGGGGAGGCCAGAGAAAGCGUCUGUAGUGGAGUAUGAAUACAUGGAUAUCCGGAGCACCACAAACACCACAGACACAGAAAGACCGAUCUGGGAGAGGCGUGAGAGUCGAGCAGCUGACUUGAGGAGGACAGAGGCAGAAGAACGAGAGAGAGAAGAAGAAGGAAAGAGUCAGGAGGUAGAGGAGGAGAAAGGAAAGGAAGACGAGGAAGGGGAGGAAGUUUACCAGUACACUAACAAGCAGCCCAGACUCCUCAGAGAGAGCAGUAAAGUGGCGGGGCUCCUCCCCACGCCCAGCCUCCUCCCCAAGCCAAGGCCCAAACCCAGCCUCAGCCCCAAUCCCAACCCCAGGCCAGAUGGCUUCACAGCAGUGGAAGACAGCCAGGUGGAAGUAUAUGAGGAGAUGCAUGCCUUUGGAGGGGGCUCCCAGCGAGGGGGCCACCAGGAGGCAGAGUACCAGAACCUCCCAGUCCCAGGCAAGGGGAGGGCCACCACGGCUGAGGAGGGGGGCGCGGGUAGCAGGUGUGCCGGGCUAGGUUUGGGAGGGUACAUCAAAGCAUGCUCUGGUGUGGGAGUGGUAGAGCCGAGCAGCAACACAUCGUUUGACAACCCUGACUACUGGCACAGCAGACUGUUCCUCAAGCCAGAUGCUGUGCGCACAUAAGGAUGUGGACUGAGAAAACAACAACAACCGUGACCAAGCAAGCACAGCCAGAGGUGUUUUAUAGAAUCAUGUAACAGGCUGGGGUGCAGCUCAACCAGUAAUGUAGCGCUCUUUUAGUACUGUUGAAUGUGUUGUUUAUAAUGUAGUGUAUGUAUUCUCAGUUGGUUUACACAUCAUCCAUCCAAACAUCAUUUACCAAAAAAACAUCUGCAAAAUGUCCUAUGUAGCAUUAAUGUUAUCUAUCAGUUUAUAAUGACAUCUCAGUCUAAGAAAUGUAACCAAAUAGGCAGCUAUAUAUUAAACAAUAGCAAAGGAUGGCCUAAGCUGUGAGCAAGAAUCAAUAAGUCAAAGACAAACAGAAUAGUGAGAAAUAGAUGCACAUAGAUCUUAAUGUACAAAGAUACACAAAGCAUAUAGAAUGUACAAAGAUACACAAAGCAUAUAGAGUGUACAAAGAUACACAAAGCAUAUAGAAUGUACAAAGAUACACAAAGCAUAUAGAAUGUACAAAGAUACACAAAGCAUAUAGAAUGUACAAAGAUACACAAAGCAUAUAGAAUGUACAAAGAUACACAAAGCAUAUAGAAUGUACAAAGAUACACAAAGCAUAUAGAAUGUACAAAGAUACACAAAGCAUAUAGAAUGUACAAAGAUACACAAAGAAUAUAGAAUGUACAAAGAUACACAAAGCAUAGAUACAUAAAGUAGAAAUAGCAGGCCAAUGUACACAUACUAAUGGAUCAAAUUUGCACAGUGUUUGCACUUCAACUUGUUCCACUUCCUGGUGAAGCUGAGUUGACCUACAUAGAUAGAACCUCAAGGUUCCCUGGGUGUGAGGUCUGCCAUGUAAUGUACAUUUGUAGCUUAUAGUUUCCUCUAUGAAAUGAAGUAUUCUUGAUGAACAUGA